ACUUCGGACUAAUGGGACUUCGGACCAAUGGGACGUUUAUAGCAAUGGAACGUAUAAAGCAAUGGGACUUCGGAACAAUGGGACUUCGGACCAAUGGUACUUCGGACUAUAGAGACGUCCCCGUAUACAGUAUGGUCUUGCUCUCUAUAGAUUUCUUCCUGCCUCCUGCAUUGCGUGCAGGACCGCGAAGUACGUUAUUAAAAUAAUGUUUUAACGAAAACAGCAAUUGUUCAUUCCACUGUAACUGUCUUUCAUAAACAGAAGACGUUGAUUUCUUUGCAGAUGUCAUCAACUUCGUGUAAAUGUUUGUUUACAAGUUUGAAAAACGGGCUCUGGACAAAUUGCAUAGAUAUCCGUGGAGAAGAUCGUUACCCCAUCCACCAGUCGAACCUGAUUAGGGCCCCAUUCCUUCUAUAUCCACAUUAUGAUACUUCUUUUCCAUUUUAAUCUUGUAGAUUCCUCCCAAAAUUCCGAUGUUAUUCCCAAACCUCGCGGUUGCAAGUGCCAACAAAACGACCCGAGUAAAUUGCACGGCGAAGAAGCAACGGGAUGGAUGCCUGGGCGCGUGAACGAAACACGUGGACCUCUGUCCAACUGCAGCUUAGCUGACGUCAAGAAUAGGUCUGGUGUCGUCAUGUUGACUACAACCAACCUUGGCUUCAUGGAUAUGACUCUCAACAUGCUGGAAAGUAUCAAACGAACGAAAGUCUGUGUGAAUACUACCGUCAUUGCAGAAGACCAGAAAUGUUACCGGCAUCUGAGCGAGAGAGCCGAGGGUGACCCAGCAGUGCAUGUGGUGUUGACUAACUCAGGAGAAUCCACUAGCAAGGAGAUACUACGCACUAAACGCCGCUCGUACUACGCACUCUUCAAUAAGCGUCAGGCGUACGUUCUGUCUUUACUGGAGAAAGGCUUGGAAGUUCUUUUCACCGACGCCGACACGUUUUGGUUCCGAGAUCCAUUUCCGCACUUCAAAGGAGACUUCGACAUGUCUAUGAUCGAUCCGAGAUCUCCUUAUCCGACUCGAACUGACAAAGCACAUUAUUGCGCUGGCUUUGCUUAUUUCAAACCAACAAACGUGUCGGUUUUAUUCGUGAAAGCUUGGAUUAAAGCCAUGAAAGACAACGAGAAAGCAAAAAAACUGGUUGCAGAUCAAAGCGUGAUGAACUAUCUUCUUCACAAUGAUGAACCCGUUCAUGUCAACGUUCAACCGCUCGACACCAACAUUUUCCCCUGGGGGCCAAAGUUUUACGAACUCUUGGCAAAGAAGGCCAAUUACUCGACUGUGGUGAUGCACGCCGCCAGUAUCCGCGGACACGCUGCGAAGGUCAAGAAAUUUAAAAGUUCCAACAUGUGGUUAGUAGACACUAUUGAAGUAGACACUAUUGAAGUGUCUCAAGAUGCGACCAGUCGACCGAUUAAUAAUUAACUGGUCCCUCGAUAAGCUUACUUUGCCAAGGUAAAGAAAUUUAAAAGUUCCAACACGUGGUUGAUAAACAAAAUGGUAUAGACGAAAUAAUCAGUCAGUAGUGAUACCAUGUCUUAAUGCUGUGCCGGAAUUUUCAGUACAGAGAUUUUGCCAAAAGCAAUAACUUGUAGCUUCAUUAGUGCUGUUAAAGACGCAGUAAGUUAACAUUUGAAUCGUCUUCACCAAGGUCUGAAGGUCUGUCAGAUGUAAUUUUUGAUGAAAAGACUAC